AUGGCUUUCAUAGAAACACUCAUAGAAGGAAAAAUCCCAGUUAAAGCAUUAAUAGAUACAUCGUCAAAGUUUAAUACUGUCAGCAGGCGCUUGUUUAAUAAGCUUGAAGAAGAUUAUGGGUUAGAAGGUAUAUCCGAUGAUGAUUUGAUAGGCGAAGAAAUAAAAUGCUUAGAUUUACAGUUUUACUAUAAAGGAAAGUGGCGAAGCUUAGUUGGCACCGAAGUAAUAGACUUUCAAAUUUGCAAAAAUCCAUCAUUCGAUUUGGUUCUGGGACAAGAAUGGUUAUGGAUGCAUAGAGCAAAAAUGAGCUUUGGAUUUUCUUCUGAAACCUGUAGCCACAAUGCUAAAAUUGUAAUAGAUGGUAUGAGUAUCCCAUUAAUUGAAGAAAAUAGUAAUAGAACUAGCUCCACUAAAAAUAACCCAUUUGAUUCUUCUGAUUCUGAAACAGAGACCAAUUCAUCUAACUUCAAUUCUUACAAUCGUCCUCAAAAGAAGAAAUGCAUGCCUAGCCAUUUUAUGACUACUUCUGACUUGAGGCCUAAACCCGAUCUAACUUUGGAGGAGCUCACGAAUAUGCUCAAAAAAUUAUCUCUCAGAAGCAAAGAUAAUAAAUACCGAAAGAGACAUCACAGAAUAUUUUACAACAUACCUCCAACGUCCAGAAGAUCAAAUGACGAUUUCAGUAGAGAUUCAAAAAUCUAA